GCGGCGGCGGGGGCCUGAGGAGGCCCGAGCGGCGGCGGCGGCGGCGGAGGCCGAGGCGGAGCCUGGAGAGGUGUGGCUGGACCAAGACCUCCCCCGAUGUGAGCAGGUUUCCUCCUCCCCCCACUGCCCGUUGCCACCACGCCAGGGAACGUCCCCAAGCCCUGGCCCUCAGGGGAGAGGUAACAGGAGCCUCAAGCCGAGACCAUGUGACGGCGCUGGCCCUCGCCACCGCCGUCCCCUCCACCCUGGCCCCAGGCCUGGCACCAUGAUGUUCCGAGACCAGGUGGGCAUCCUCGCUGGCUGGUUCAAGGGCUGGAAUGAGUGUGAGCAGACGGUGGCCCUGCUGUCACUUCUGAAGCGGGUCACUCGCACCCAGGCCCGCUUCCUGCAGCUCUGCCUGGAGCACUCGCUGGCGGACUGCAAUGACAUCCACCUGCUGGAGUCGGAGGCCAACAGUGCUGCCAUCGUCAGCCAGUGGCAGCAGGAGUCCAAAGAGAAGGUGGUAUCCCUCCUGCUGUCCCACCUGCCCCUGCUUCAGCCAGGCAACACAGAGGCCAAGUCUGAGUACAUGAGGCUGCUGCAGAAAGUGCUGGCCUACUCGAUCGAGAGCAAUGCCUUCAUUGAGGAGAGCCGCCAGCUGCUCUCUUACGCCCUCAUUCACCCAGCCACCACACUGGAGGACCGCAAUGCACUGGCCCUCUGGCUGAGCCACCUGGAAGAGCGGCUGGCUAGCGGCUUCCGCACCCGGCCUGAGCCCACGUACCACUCACGCCAAGGCUCAGAUGAGUGGGGGAGCCCUGCAGAGCUGGGCCCUGGGGAGGCAGGGCCAGGCUGGCAGGACAAGCCACCCCGGGAAAAUGGACACGUGCCCUUCCACCCAUCCAGCUCAGUGCCGCCAGCCAUAAACAGUAUUGGGAGCAACGCAAAUGCAGGUCUCCCCUGCCAAAUUCACCCCAGCCCGCUGAAGCGCUCCAUGUCGCUCAUCCCCACGAGCCCCCAGGCCCCUGGUGAGUGGCCGAGUCCAGAGGAGCUCGGGGCCCGGGCCGCUUUCACCACGCCCGACCACGCACCCCUCUCGCCCCAGAGCAGCGUGGCCUCCUCUGGCAGUGAGCAGACGGAGGAGCAGGGCUCCAGCCGGAACACUUUCCAGGAGGACGGCAGUGGCAUGAAAGAUGUGCCCUCAUGGCUCAAAAGCCUCCGCUUGCACAAGUACGCGGCCCUCUUCUCACAGAUGAGCUACGAGGAGAUGAUGACGCUGACUGAGCAGCAUCUGGAGUCUCAGAAUGUCACCAAAGGUGCCCGCCACAAGAUAGCCCUGAGCAUCCAGAAGCUGCGUGAAAGGCAGAGCGUCCUCAAGUCCCUGGAGAAGGAUGUGCUGGAAGGCGGGAAUCUGCGCAACGCUCUGCAGGAGCUGCAGCAGAUAAUCAUCACCCCCAUCAAGGCCUACAGCGUCCUCCAGGCCACUGUGGCUGCUGCCGCCGCCACCACCCCUACUGCCAAGGAUGGGAGCCGGGGGGAGCCACCACUGCCAGGUGCUGAGCCUCCCCUGGCUCACCCCGGCACAGACAAGGGCACUGAGGCCAAGGACCCUCCAGCUGCAGAGAGCUACCCCCCUCCACCAGCUCCAGCUCCCACUGAUGGCAGUGAACCAGCCCCGGCUCCCGUCGCCGACGGAGACAUCCCCAGCCAGUUUACACGGGUGAUGGGCAAAGUGUGCACCCAGCUGCUGGUGUCCCGACCAGACGAGGAGAACAUCACCAGUUACCUCCAGCUCAUUGAAAAGUGCCUGACUCAUGAGGCGUUCACGGAGACGCAGAAGAAACGGCUGCUGUCCUGGAAACAGCAAGUGCUGAAACUCCUCCGGACCUUCCCACGCAAAGCCGCACUAGAGAUGCAGAACUACCGGCAGCAGAAAGGCUGGGCGUUCGGCUCCAACUCACUUCCCAUAGCUGGCUCUGUGGGGAUGGGGGUAGCCCGGCGGACCCAGCGGCAGUUCCCCAUGCCUCCCCGGGCCCUCCCACCCGGCAGGAUGGGCCUUCUGAGCCCUUCAGGCAUUGGGGGCAUCUCCCCCCGACAUGCCCUCACCAGCCCCAGCCUUGGGGGCCAGGGCCGACAGAACCUGUGGUUUGCCAACCCUGGAGGCAGCAACAGCAUGCCCAGCCAGAGCCGCAGCUCUGUGCAGCGCACCCACUCCCUCCCGGUCCAUUCAUCGCCCCAGGCCAUUCUCAUGUUCCCUCCAGACUGCCCGGUCCCUGGGCCUGACCUGGAGAUCAAUCCCACUCUGGAGUCUCUGUGUCUGAGCAUGACAGAACACGCCUUGGGUGAUGGGACAGACAAAACCUCCACCAUCUGACGGGACCCACAGCCCAGCGCACCCAUAGGCUCCCUGGGCGGCGGGCGGGGGCCAACCCCCAACGGGCUUCUCCGCGACAGCAAGAGGGUGGGCUGGCUCAGCUAUACAUUCUAGUAUUUUUCUACUCUCUCACCCUUU